UGAUUAGUGGUCUAAUAUUUUGCAUUUUAAACUAAAUUUUUGUGUCUUAGCUCACGUUUUUCCCCUUAAUCGUGUUCCCACGUGCAUUUAAACGCGUCAUUUGCAGUCAACUGAUUUUCUUCUAUUUCAUUCAUCGUUGGAAAUUCCUAUCGCUUCAGGGGCUUCAGGCAUGGACCUCUGCUGGAAUCUCUCAUGGAUGUUUCAGUACUGGAAUCUAUGUGUAUUCCCCACAAAAGAAGUGGAAGAAUAGCUACAUUUUGGACAGAGAGACAAAUUCCGCAUUUAAACACAUACACACGACCCAGAGCAUUUAGGCAUCGAGAAAAUUCGCGCACGGAGGAUCGCAAUGAAUUCAAUGUGGUGCUUUGCUAUCUUCCUCGGUAUCCUCACAUCAAGUUCAUCUGGUCAGUUAGUACCGAGCUCGCCGUGCCCCAAUACAUUUCGCUACCAAUUCGACGGUGGCUCAAGCGAAUGGAUCGGUAUCGGGAGGAUCGCUCAUCCGCCCAUUGGUGAGGACAUAAUGCUCUUCGUCACACUCUCAGUGGGUACCCAGUUGACCUCCAACUACGUUGGUGAGGUGAAAAUUCUGGGGCAACCUCAGGAGAUUGCCAAUCGGAUCUACAAUCAUCAGCCGCUCAAUUUUGAGGUGCGCUUCCCCAUCCAAAAUCCUCUGCCAGAAGUGUCAACAAUUACAGUGAAUGAUAAUAUAAUCUGCAGAUCAGAAUACACCACACAGUAUGAGUACACAACAAAAAUUCGUCUUCAGUACACCUUCAAGCCACAGGGAGGAUCACCAGUGCACCUCAACAAUCAAAACUUCAAUUCUGAUUUCAAUCAAGGAAAUGGAGACGACUCAGGUUCCUCACUCAACCUCGGUCUACCACAGACGAAUGAUUUCGGCUUCAAUCUAGGUUUUCCGGAUGUUACGCUAGGACCCUUCUCGUUAGGUGGCAGCGAUACGUCGCAAUUUUCCUCCCCCAAUGUUGAGCCGCAGCAACAGAGACCAACACAAGUUCAGCAACGACCACAGAUACAACAGCAGCAACCACAUAUUCAACAACAGCGACCACAGAUUCAGCAGCAACAACCACAGAUUCAGCAGGUCCAGCCGCGACCACGACCUCCAAGUUUGCCGUCGUCCAUUGAUAGCAAAGACAGCGGCAACUCAGGUGUCACGUGCGGGAAACCCGAUCCUCUCGCCACUUUCACCCCACUCAUUGUGGGUGGGUCAUCACUGCAGCGCGGCACAUGGCCCUGGCUCGUGGCAGUGCACGUAUACAAGGAACAUACCCUCGCAUUUCAGUGUGGUGCCACCCUUGUCUCCCAAAAGGUUGUUAUCGGAGCAGCACAUUGUUUCAACGAUCGCCAGGGGCAGAAGCUUAAAACGGAAAAUGUUGUCCUCAUUCUUGGGCAAUACAAUCUCAAGAGACCUCAGGAAGAAGGUUCAAAAAUUGUCUACCCGGAGAGCAUAAACAAUCACCCGGAAUACAUGAGUGCCCACAAAAUUGAUUCUGACAUCUCGGUGGUUGUGAUAUCGCGUGAAGUGGAAUUCACGCAAUACAUCAGGCCAGUCUGCCUAUGGAGUGGUCCUGUGUCGCAGGAUUCAGUAGUGGGACGAAUUGGUGUUGUCGUGGGAUGGGGACGUGAUGAGCAUGGGAAUGUGAAUACGCCAGAGCCCAAAAAGGCUGAAGUGCCCGUUGUGUCAGACGCCACGUGCCUUCGUUCCAAUGAGGCCUUCUCCAAGAUCACCACAGAUCGAACCUUCUGCGGUGGUUGGCGCAAUGGCUCCGAUGGGCCAUGCAAUGGAGACUCCGGUGGUGGUCUCAUCUUCGACAUUAAUGGUCGCUGGACAAUCAGGGGUAUUGUCUCAGCUUCCCUCUCGGACAUGCUGACGAGCUCAUGCAAUCUCAAGGAGUACGUUGUCUUUACGGAUGUCGCCAAAUAUGUAGACUGGAUCAGAUCGUUUAUUUAGCAAAAUCAGAAGGCACUCAGCAAUACCUUCUACCUACAAAAAAGUCAACUUCUAUACUUACUAUAAGACAGAUUUUAGACGGAAUAAAAUUUGAUUAAG